AUGGGUCUAGUGCAGCUGUGUAUCGGUGUGUUGGUGGCGGCGCUGGUGUCGGGGCGCCCGCAGACUGUCGGCGGGCUGGACACGGGCGGCGGGCUGGACACGGGCGGCGGGCUGGACACGGGCGGCGGGCUGGACGCGGGCGGCGGGCUGGACGCGGGCGGCGGGCUGGACGCGGGCGGCGGGCUUGACGCGGGCGGCGGGCUGGACGCGGGCGGCGGGCUGGACGCGGGCGGCGGGCUGGACGCGGGCGGCGGGCAGUACACGGGCGGCGGGCAGUACACGGGCGGCGGGCAGUACACGGGCGGCGGGCAGUACACGGGCGGCGGGCAGUACACGGGCGGCGGGCAGUACACGGGCGGCGGGCAGUACACGGGCGGCGGGCCGGACACGGGCGGCGGGCCGGACACGGGCGGCGGGCCGGACACGGGCGGCGGGCCGGACACGGGCGGCGGGCCGGACACGGGCGGCGGGCCGGACACGGGCGGCGGGCCGGACACGGGCGGCGGGCCGGACACGGGCGGCGGGCCGGACACGGGCGGCGGGCCGGACACGGGCGGCGGGCCGGACACGGGCGGCGGGCCGGACACGGGCGGCGUGCCGGACACGGGCGGCGGGCCGGACACGGGCGGCGGGCCGGACACGGGCGGCGGGCAGUACACGGGCGGCGGGAAGAAAAUUGUCGGCGGAUUGGGAAUUGUCGGCAUGGGGGCUGGGAAAGCCAUGUGGGGUGGGAAAGGCAUAGGAAGCGGGGCAGGCAUGGGGGGCGGGGCAGGCAUGGGGGGCGGGGCAGGCAUGGUUGGCGGGAAAGACAUGGUUGGCGGGAAAGACGUGGUCGGCGGGAAAGACGUGGGCGGCGGGAAAGACGUGGUCGGCGGGAAAGACGUGGUCGGCGGGAAAGACGUGGUCGGCGGGAAAGACGUGGUCGGCGGGAAAGACGUGGUCGGCGGGAAAGAAAAGGGCGGCGGGAAAGGCAAGGGCGGCGGAAAAGAGGUGGUCGGCGGGAAAGGCAAGGGCGGCGGGAAAGGCAAGGGCGGCGGGAAAGGCAAGAGCGGCGGGAAAGGCAAGGGCGGCGGGAAAGGCAAAGGCGGUGGGAAAGGCAAGGGCGGCGGGAAAGACGUGAUCGGCGGGAAAGGCAAGGGCGGCGGGAAAGGCAUAGUCGGCGGGAAAGGCAAGGGCGGCGGGAAAGGCAAGGUCGGCGGGAAAGGCAAGGGCGGCGGAAAAGAAGUGGUCGGCGGGAAAGAGGUGGUCGGCGGGAAAGAGGUGGUCGGCGGGAAAGGCAAGGGCGGCGGGAAAGGCAAGGGCGGCGGGAAAGGCAAGGGCGGCGGGAAAGGCAAGGGCGGCGGGAAAGAAGUGGUCGGCGGGAAAGAAGUGGUCGGCGGGAAAGAAGUGGUCGACGGGAAAGAAGUGGUCGACGGGAAAGAAGUGGUCGGCGGGAAAGAAGUGGUCGGCGGGAAAGAAGUGGUCGGCGGGAAAGAAGUGGUCGGCGGGAAAGAAGUGGAUGGCGGGAAAGAAGUGGUCGUCAGGAAAGAAGUGGAUGGCGGGAAAGGCGUGGUCGGCGGGAAAGGCGUGAAAGAAGUGGUCGUCGGGAAAGAAGUGGAUGGCGGGAAAGAAGUGGAUGGCGGGAAAGGCGUGGUUGGCGGGAAAGAAGUGGUCGGCGGGAAAGAAGUGGUCGGCGGGAAAGGCAAGGGCGGCAGGAAAGGCAAGGGCGGCAGGAAAGGCAAGGUCGGCAGGAAAGGCAAGGGCGGCAGGAAAGGCAAGGGCGGCAGGAAAGGCAAGGGCGGCGGGAAAGGCAAGGGCGGCGGGAAAGGCAAGGGCGGCGGGAAAGGCAAGGGCGGCGGGAAAGGCAAGGGCGGCGGGAAAGAAGUGGUCGUCAGGAAAGAAGUGGUCGUCGGGAAAGAAGUGGAUGGCGGGAAAGAAGUGGUCGGCGGGAAAGAAGUGGUCGUCGGGAAAGAAGUGGUCGGCGGGAAAGGCGUGGUCGGCGGGAAAGGCGUGAAAGAAGUGGUCGUCGGGAAAGAAGUGGAUGGCGGGAAAGAAGUGGAUGGCGGGAAAGGCGUGGUCGGCGGGAAAGAAGUGGUCGUCAGGAAAGAAGUGGAUGGCGGGAAAGAAGUGGAUGGCGGGAAAGAAGUGGUCGUCAGGAAAGAAGUGGUCGUCGGGAAAGAAGUGGAUGGCGGGAAAGAAGUGGAUGGCGGGAAAGAAGUGGAUGGCGGGAAAGAAGUGGUCGUCAGGAAAGAAGUGGAUGGCGGGAAAGGCGUGGUCGGCGGGAAAGGCGUGAAAGAAGUGGUCGUCGGGAAAGAAGUGGAUGGCGGGAAAGAAGUGGAUGGCGGGAAAGGCGUGGUCGGCGGGAAAGAAGUGGUCGUCAGGAAAGAAGUGGUCGUCGAGAAAGAAGUGGAUGGCGGGAAAGGCGUGGUCGGCGGGAAAGGCGUGGUCGGCGGGAAAGGCGUGGUCGGCGGGAAAGGCGUGGUCGGCGGGAAAGGCGUGGUCGGCGGGAAAGUCACGGAGGGCGGGAAAGUCACGGAGGGCGGGAUAGGCAUAAAGGGGAGGACGAUAGAGGCUCGGCCUGUGUAUGUUGUGUGUGCGGUGUUCGUCCCCACGGUGGAGGGGGAAGCCCCCGCCGCUGUCAUGAUGUACGCGGACGACGUGGAGCGCCUCACCCAGCCAGGCGCCAUCUUCGAGAAGGUGUCCGAUGACCACCUGGGACGCAGCCUCCACAUCGAGUGUCCUACAGAAAGGUUCUGGAUAGCCAGGAUCCCAGGUCGCAUCUGA